CCCACGCGUCACGUCUCGUCUCUCUACGCCCGUUGUGCUCUCGCGUUUCCGCGCGUCGUUGCACGAUUCGCGCCCGCCACGUUGCGAGUCGGCGUCCGCGGUCCUUGUAAUCGCGGCGCACACCGCCUUUCGCGUGUCGUGUUCCGCAUCGUUGGCGCACGUUAUCCACGUAUCGCGGCGUCGGGAUCGUCGGGACCGUCGGAACCUGUGAACGAGGGAGAAGCGCGGCCGAACGUUACGCAGAUCUGGGAAAACGACUCCGUGAACGAUGGUAUCCUCGACAGUGGCGGAAGCGAGCCCGGUGAAACAAUCGUGCGGCGCGAUGGGCAUCGCGCCGGGAGAUUAUUGCCUGGUCGGCUGGGACAUGGACACCACCGGCAAGAAGGUCAUCGACGAGAUCUGCCAAAUAGCCGGGUACACCCCUAACGCCACUUACUCGCAAUACGUGAUGCCGUACAAGGAUCUCAAUCCGACCGCCAUAAAGCGCCACAGUAUGAAGGUCGUGACCAAUGGCAAAUUCCGCGUGCUCAGGAACAGCAAGACCAACGAGGUAAUCAAAUCCAAGAGCGAAGUAUCGGCACUUACGGAGUUUCUGAGCUGGUUAGAGACCGUGAAGGAAAACGCCGCGGACGGUGUAAUUUUGGUCUAUCACGAGCCGCGCAAAGUCAUUCCCGCGAUGCUGCUCGAGUCGCUGAAGAAGUACGAUCUGGUCGAUCGAUUCAAGCAGACGGUCAAGGGAUUCGCGAACGGAUUCAACAUCGCCGAGGAUAAAUGCGCCAACUCGGCGCACAUCUAUUCCCUUCGUACUUUAUCGCGCACUCUGUUAAAGAAGGAGGCGAAUCUGGGCAAUGCGCAACACAGAGCGUCGCUGGCGUUGCAAAUAGCACAAUACUUGUGCUCGAUCGACGGCGACAAGACGGAAGAUGCGAGCGAGAACGAAGAGAGCGAUGAAAAACGUAUGAAAAGAGCGGUCGAGGUUAUUCGAGAAUUCGCGCAACCUGUUGACGUCGAGGAGCAGGAACACAACGAGCUGAAGAUGAUAUUCGAGCGGCAGAACAACUUGCGGCCCAUAUUCAGCGCACUGUUCCGUAUGAACCGCCGUGAACGUCAACACGCCAGUCCCCUACGGCGACUGUUGGCUGAAGCCGGGAUCGUGUACGCGGAGCUACAGGACGCGUGGACCAACGCGAAGAAGGACGGGCUGGAGCAUCUGAUGAAGGAGAAACUGCCGACGGUCGAGGAGAAAAAGAUGGAGGACCUGAUGGUCAUCCUCGAGCGCCACUUCGACCCGGAGAAGAAGCCGAAGAGCAAGGUGCCGGAGAAGAAGGGCCUUAAGAUAAAGAACGAGAAGAAGAUAAGCGACGACAAGGAGAACAACAACAAGAGCGACUCGGGCCACGACAGCCCCGACAGCCCCGACACCACGACGUCCGGGUCGCCGGUCAAAAUGAACGGCGACGACAUCGACAUCGAGAUCAAGUCGGAGGCGGCGUGCGCUUUGACGCCGGAGGAGUGCGCCGAACGCGUUUAACGAUGCUGACGAACUUCUUCCCUCCGACCUCUUUUUUUUUCUUUUUUUUCCCCCUACGCGCCGCAGGGCGGGAGCACUCUUCGCGGCCGUCCGCGAACUCCUCCCCGUCGCCUCGUUGCCAACCGGGCGUACGUGGGGUCCUUUUCCCUCCUGUUUUUUUUUCUUUUUGUUGCCAUAACGGUCGCGGAUAAUGAGAAAUAAAAUUGACGACGUGUAACGCGGGUGACGAACGUAGAUUUAGCGUGUCAAAUACAGUUCGCGUUUAGCCGGACUCUACAGUAAAAGCGUGCUGUAUGUUGGAGUUACCACGCUACAUUUACGCUCCACGACCGGACAGAGCCGCGAAGGGAUCCCCGGUUUCUCCUAUUUUUUUUUCUUUUUGCGGUAAUUCUAAGAUAGACGUAUUUAGGAUAUAGGUUUACGAUUCGUCCGACGGGCGAUGUUGUGCGUGAUAAAAGACGAGUGUUAUUUGUUACAGUAUUGCACAUCUUUCUUUCCUUCCUCUUCCCUCCCCUCCCCCUCCCCCCCAACCUUUCGUUUCCCUUCACUCUUGGGUAUUUUUUUUUAAUUCUUGUUCGCACUGGUACGCCGGCACGAUUAAAAAAAAAAAAGAAAGAGAGAUUUCCCCGCCGUGUUCGAAUUUAACCGAAAUGUACAAAUAACACGUUAAGCGACGUUUAAGUUUGUUACGCGCGCAGAGAUAUUUAAUAUCGUUUAAUAAUUUUAUACUCGUUUGUUUUCUCUCCUUUCUACCCCCUCGCCCUUUGUUCCCUUCUCUUCUUUUUAUUUAUCCCGAGGAUUCGUACGCUCGCCACUCUCCGGCGAGAGCGUCCGUUUAAUAGACUGCUGUAAGUGUGAAAGGCAUAGGAAAUAUCGCGGACCCGCGCGCUACCGCGCGCGCAGUUCACGAUGUGUACAGUCGUGUGCACGAUAUUUUCUACUUUUUACCGUUUAAGUCGCGCGUGAGACGCAGUGUGUAUGUGUGUGGUAGUAUUAGAGAGAUAUAUUUUUGUAUCGAUGAUAUAAUUUCGUUUCUGCUGUGAGAUCUCAUUGUAUGAACAUUGAUUAAUAAAGAGUUUAGUUGUAGCCGU